UCCACUGCAGCGGGGGCUCCUGUGUCCUUGUGCGGAAAUGACACACGGAGUCCCGUCACGUCACGCGAGAGCGCAGCGCACGGACACACACAAAGAGAGGGGAAAAUACACGGCGCCCGCCCGCCCGCCGCCCCCAGCCAGUCGGCGGGGCCGCCCCGGCCAGGCCCUGCGCGCUCGGCCCCCACUGCGGCCCGCGCGCCCGCCCCCCGCACGUGGCGCCCGAACUCGGCGCGGGUCCCGCUCCGCAAAGUAACAACUCUCGUCCCAGUGGAAUAGAAGAUGAACUCAACUGAAUUCAGUGAAGAUGUAGAAGAAGUUCUAAAAAAUAACACUGUGAAGGCAGAGGGCAGCGACGCAACGCUGGACUGCCCCCGGAACGCCAGGGCCCCUGAGAAACACCCUCUGGACAGCGUCCUCACUGCCCUCCACGACUCCAGCAAGCGGAAGCAGCUGGACAGCGACGGCCAGCCGGACUCUGUCCCCAGUGUGAAGAGGAGGAGGCUGAUCCCCGAGGCGCUCCUGGCCAGCAUGCGCACCCGGGAGAACAGCUCGCCCUGCCAGGGAAAUGGAGAGCCGGCCAGCAGGGGCAGGAGUGGCAGCUGUGCAUGGCCUGCGGAAGAGGAGCCUUCCACUGAGGCCACUGUCCCUUCCUACAAGAAGCCCCUGUAUGGCAUCUCCCACAAGAUCAUGGAGAAGAAGAACCCUCCCUCGGGAGACCUGCUCAACCCCUACGAGCUCUUUGAGAAGGCAAACUCCAGUACCGGCCCUUCUCCUCUGCGCCUGCUCAAUGAGUCUCAGAAGCGGGAAUGUGGUGUCGGGGUUGCCACUGAUGGGGACCUCAAUAUCUACUUCCUGAUCCAGAAGAUGUUCUAUAUGCUCAACGGACUCACGACUAACAUGUCCCAGCUUCACAGCAAGAUGGACCUGCUGUCCCUUGAGGUGAGCCGAGUCAAGAAGCAGGUGAGCCCUUCCGAGCUGGUGGCCAAGUUCCAGCCCCCGCCUGAGUACCAGCUCACUGCUUCCGAGCUGAAACAGAUCGCUGAGCAGAGCCUUUCCUGCGGCGACCUAGCCUGUCGCCUCCUUUUGCAGCUCUUCCCUGAGCUCUUCAGUGACGUGGACUUCUCCCGUGGCUGUAGUGCCUGUGGCUUUGCCGCCAAGCGGAAGUUAGAGUCACUGCACCUCCAGCUCAUCCGCAACUACGUAGAGGUCUACUACCCCUCUGUGAAGGACACGGCUGUGUGGCAGGCCGAGUGCUUGCCGCAGCUCAAUGACUUCUUCAGCCGCUUCUGGGCCCAGAGAGAAAUGGAGGACAGCCAGCCAGGCGGCCAGGUCACCAACUUCUUCGAAGCAGACCAGGUGGAUGCCGGCCACUUUCUGGACAGCAAGGACCAAGAAGAAGCUCUGUCUCUGGACCGCAGCAGCACCAUUGCCUCGGACCAUGUGGUGGACACUCAGGACCUCACCGAGUUCCUAGAUGAAGCCUCCUCGCCGGGCGAGUUCGCUGUGUUCCUGCUGCACCGGCUCUUCCCGGAGCUGUUCGACCACCGCAAGCUGGGUGAGCAGUACAGCUGCUACGGUGAUGGGGGCAAGCAGGAGCUGGAUCCCCAGAGGCUGCAGAUCAUCCGGAACUACACAGAGAUCUACUUCCCUGACAUGCAGGAGGAGGAGGCGUGGCUGCAGCAAUGUGCCCAACGUAUCAAUGACGAGCUGGAGGGCCUGGGGCUGGAGGGAGGCAGCGAGGGUGAGGCCCCGCGGGAUGACUGCUAUGACUCCUCUAGCCUGCCAGACGACAUCUCGGUGGUCAAGGUAGAGGACAACUUUGAAGGCGAGCGGCCUGGCCGGCGCUCCAAGAAGAUCUGGCUGGUGCCCGUUGACUUUGACAAGCUAGAGAUUCCGCAGCCCGACUUCGAGAUGCCAGGUUCAGACUGCCUUCUGAGCAAGGAGCAGCUGCGCAGCAUCUAUGAGAGCAGCCUGUCCAUUGGCAACUUCGCCUCCCGCCUGCUCGUGCACCUCUUCCCGGAGCUCUUCACCCACGAGAACCUGCGCAAGCAGUACAACUGCAGCGGCUCCCUGGGCAAGAAGCAGCUGGAUCCUGCCCGCAUCAGGCUGAUCCGCCACUACGUGCAGCUCCUCUACCCGAGAGCCAAGAACGACCGCGUGUGGACCCUGGAGUUUGUGGGCAAGCUGGACGAGCGCUGUCGGCGCAGGGACACGGAGCAGCGCCGCUCCUACCAGCAGCAACGCAAGGUCCAUGUGCCUGGCCCUGAGUGCCGGGACCUAGCAAGUUACGCAAUCAACCCCGAGAGGUUCCGUGAGGAGUUUGAGGGGCCCCCACUGCCUCCUGAAAGGAGCAGCAAAGACUUUUGUAAAAUCCCCUUGGACGAACUGGUGGUCCCCUCACCUGACUUUCCGGUGCCUUCCCCCUACCUGCUGUCAGACAAGGAGGUACGUGAGAUCGUGCAGCAGAGCCUGUCGGUGGGCAACUUCGCUGCCCGGCUCCUGGUCAGGCUCUUCCCCGAACUCUUCACGACCGAGAACCUUCGACUGCAGUACAACCACUCCGGGGCUUGUAACAAGAAGCAGCUGGAUCCCACGAGGCUGAGGCUCAUCCGCCAUUAUGUGGAAGCUGUCUACCCCGUGGAGAAGAUGGAAGAGGUGUGGCACUAUGAAUGUAUACCUAGCAUUGAUGAACGGUGUCGCCGUCCCAACAGGAAAAAGUGCGACAUCCUCAAGAAAGCCAAGAAGGUGGAGAAAUGACAGGGUUGGGGCUGCCCAGGGACCUGGGUCACCGCAGGCUGAGCAGUGGGUGCCCUUGGGACUGCGCAUCGCUCUGGAGCUCGUAUGGUACCCACAGACCGGCACCUUAUGCCAGUGGGGAGUGGUUUCCUACAUUUGCACACGUAAACACCUACCCAGCCACAAGAAAGAGCCUUGAAUUUGGUCUUUUGUAUUUAUGACUUUGUUCUGUGUUCCCUGGUGGCACAGCCGGAGUGGGGGUGGGGGGGUAGCCAAGCUGUGAAAUCAGAGAAUUGGUAGGGUAGGGUCCCUUCACAGGGCUGGGUGCCCUCCCUAACCCUUACGAUUCAAAAAUUCAAAUUUAGACUAGAUGUGGUAGCCCACCGUCUAGGCAGAGGCCCCUGGAGUUUGAGGCCAGUCUAGUCUGCAGAGUGAAUUCCAGCCCAGCCAGGGCUGAACAAUGAGACCCUGUCCGAAAAACAACAAAAUGCAAACUUAGCAACUUGUUUCUCUCCCCAUGGUUUACAUUCUUCUAGUUUUAUCUUUUUUUUUUUUUUUUAAUUAAAGUGAAUUUUUGAAAGAAUCAUUAGGCUCUUUGGGAGCCAUUUUAUUUAGGAAAAAAAAUCAUAAAAUAUUUGAGAUGAGAUUCUGUUAAGAUUACUUCAGUUGCUGGGAUUUUUUUAAAGAUGAUUUUAGAUUUAUGCUUUAAAAAAAAAAAAAAAAAGAAAUGCCAUAUUCAGGCAUUAUGGGUAACUGUGGCUUCAGGUGGCAUAGUGACUAGAUUUACUAAUCCUGUGUCUGAUAUCUGAUUUUGGAAGAGUCCAUAGACCCUGUAGAUUCAGCAGAUGGGAUGGAUUAUAAGUAGUGUGUAGCCCCUUUCUUACUCUGUGAGCUUCCCUUCUGCGGUGGCCCGGCCUGUCUGCCACCGCCGUGUGGUGCUCACUGUAUAGAUGAGAACACUGGAAGAUAAUCUGAAUGUAGAUAGAGCGGAGGCGUGGGUCCUUACAGCCUUCGUGGGAGCUGUGCCCUCCACACAGAGAUGUUGCUGUAGAGGGACACAUUGCAACACAGUGUGUAGGGACAUUUUCGUGUGAUUUAUGGGUGAGCUUUUGGGUUCACCGAGAAUUGUUUACUUCCCAUGCAUUUGUACAAAGUCCGUGUCCCCAGACCUCAGUGUUAGCUCCUCCCAUGAGUAGCAUGGUCUUGAACCUCCAAAGCCCCGACCUAGGGCUCUUUUGCAGGUGUUGGAAGGACCCAAACCAUCUUAAAUGGAGUGCCCACACCCCUUCCCAGCCUCACCAGACCUUUUCCCUCUAACCUUGCAGGAAGUUCUGCCGUCCUCCCCUGGCCCACCCCUAGCAUGGAGGUGCGCUUCUCUUCCCCUUCAGUGUUGGGCCCAGAUGCCUAAGAAGGAAAGGAGCCAGCGUUCCCAAACUCAGUGCAUCGCAUCCCUGACCUACAAGACUGAGUUGCCCAGGGUCAUAAAACCCUUGUGGGACAUUACACAUGUGAUAACUUUAAUGGCUUAAUAUUUUGCUACAUUAAUAUGCAGAAAUGAUAGAAAUAAUCUAUGAAUUUUCUCAUAAAGAUAAGAACUUUAGUUUUAGUAGACCACAUGAUAUAAUUUUGCAUGUACCCAAUGGGCAUUUAAAAGAUAACAAUUUUCAAUGGUAUAAAGCUUCUAUCCUCUGUCAUUCUCAGAUUAUUUAUGCUAUAACUAUAAACCUAAAUUAUUGACAUUGAGAAGUGCACAGAGACUUUGUGGCGCACACAUAUCUCCUUAUAAGAAGUGAGGUGAGGGGCCCCGUAGAGAACAAGGCAACCUUCUUGUGCCCAGGAAGAAGGUAAUGGGGCAGCCAGACUCCCCUUUCCCCCUCACUUGGCCUCUCUCUAAUGCCUUAGUUACACACACACACACACACACACACACACACACACACACACACCCACUACCCCAAAGAUGGCUGUGGCACUCUCUCACUGCUUCCACUGGUUCGAGAGAAUUCCAUGGGAUUUGUUCUGGUCUUGAGGAUGUAACCAAGAGGAUUCCAAGCCAUGUGAAAAUUGUCCUGCUUUCCAGAAAGUGGAGUGUGGCCCUGCAACAUCAGAAGCACAAGCUGCCACUGAGUUUUUACAAGUCCUGUCUAGUCACAUCCGAGAAAUGGCGGGCUCUAGGAACUGAGCGGGACUUUUUGUAACCCAGAGUGUGUUAAAUUCUGGGAACCUGUAUUUUGGUUUCCUUAAUACUUUAACUAUGUAGGGCUUCUUUCCACCCAACCCCCACCCCACCCCCAGUCCCAUCGUCCCUUCAGUGAAAAGAGCCGGUCACUCUGGGAGCUAUUUCCUGCCCACUGGACCGUAUGGUGUCCUCACCCAUCCAUACAGGGAGCUCCAGUGGGCAUUUUUUUUUCAUGAAGCAAUAUAAAUAUAAAAUACUUAUUUUUUCAGAAUUUAAUGGUUUUCAUGAAAUCUGUUGGCAACUGCUUUCCCUGUCCCCAUCUAAAUUCUUUGUGUUUUGGAUUAUUUUUGCCUUGUAUCCAGAGGACUAAAGAUUAGCCCCAACAUUCUGAUGUUCACUAAAAUAGUAUGUCACAGUAGGUGGUAGUGGUCUUGGUUUUCUCUGUUAGUAAGCUGUUAAAGAAUGUCUGAAGAUACUCUUGAAUGUACAGUGUUCAAAUCCUGCUUUUAUUCAUGUGGCCGUGUCUGUUUGAUGGCAAAUGUUUGUCAGGGAAUCAAUGUCUAGUGUCGUUAGUGCUCGCUGCCCUUCCCCUUCAAUGUUGAACCCCAAACCUUCCUUUCC